CUUCGGCUGCAAAGUUUCCGCCAUUCCCUUCAAAUCUGAAAAGGUGAAGCCACGCCCAUUUUCGGAAGAAAUGCAUUAUGGGUCCUAAAAGCACGGAAAGAGUCCACUGCAUGUGUACUUCGUAUUUUGGCGAAUUUAGCACGAGUUUCGGGAACUUUUGACAUACUAACUAUAUCCAUACUAUGACCAGUAUACUAUAUACUCAAAUCCCGUCACAAAUAGUGCGGUUAGUAGCAGAGUAUUCAGCUAAGGUUAAGUGAAGAUAAUAAUUGGAGGGUGGUCUUACACUCCAGUACAGUAGGUGGCGGUGUAUGCACCUUUCAGUUGGUUGCGAUCCGAAAAUACAAAUGUAAAUAAGUAGUAAACGGAAGUGAAUAGUGAUCAAGAACAAUUUUCACGUUAGCGUUUUUGUUUUGUUAUUUAGACAAUAAUCAACACUCUGGAACUCAAUGCGAUUCAUUUUAACUGCAAACAUAAUAUAUUUAACUCGGGUAGUCUUUAAUUCGCGUUGAAGACAGGACUUGGUUGAUAGAUGUUAUCUAGGUAACGCUAGCUAGCUGCUAACGUUAGUUAACAAUGGCUAACGGUAUGGUUUUUCACACUCAAAUAGCCUCGAUUAUGGAGGUGCUAGCGAAUGCAGCCGUGGCAGAGAUCUGUAAACUCGUAGACGACGACUAUGCAGUGUUUCGUUUGGAAAUAACUCAAAGCCAGAAAGAAAACAGGGGAUUGCGGAGGAAACUACAGCUACUGGAACUGAAGGUGUCACGGGAGCGCGCAGAGAGGACAAUACGAGAUCGCGUCCUCGCCAGUCGUCCCAGUAGUGUCAAGAUCCUCGACCGAUACAGAGGAAUGGCAAGAGGUGAAGGACAUCUCACCGGAGGCCACAGGAGCUUUGUAAAGCCGGCGGGACACAAUACAUGGAGAGAUGACCAACCCAUAGCUGUAGAUGAGGGGAGUGGAACCUCAACCCAGCACGUUAUCGUGAUAGAGUCUGCAGAUGCAGAGGCUGCAGGUCCUGAAGGAUCGUCUCUGGUCAAGAAGGAGAGGACUGAAGGAGAGGACCCACUGCACAGCGGAGACAUCCAGACUGGAGUAGUGGCUACAGUGGCACCUGUAGCCACGGAGGACCUCACGACUGCCGCCUCGCCCCAGCCCAGGACCGGAAGCAGCAUCACGGAGGUCAGUGGAGCGCCGAACGCCGUCCUCAAGUCAGAGACAGACACCGAGACUUUAACUGUAACACACAGGCCAUUAUACACAAGAUCUGACCACAGAUCAGACAGACUGGGGCUGGGGAAACUGGGCUGUCCUCCUGCUCCUGGCUCAGAGUAUUUACCGGUAUUUCACCAGAGCCAGAGGAUGGUUCAUUCCCGUGGUGAUAGUGACGCGUUACACUCUGGCGGUGAUGAUCCGUCUUGUUCUUACGCUACAGAGAUGGACCCAGGCAACAUAUCCUUGGGUUUAGAGACACAGACUGAUCUGUCUAGAGGGUACUGGAAUGGGUACAAUAGUAGUGUAUACUCGGAAGGGUGCCUAGAUAAGAAAGGGGAGGUUACAGUGGCAGAUGAGGUGACUGUGAAAGUGGAGGACGACGCACCUCUGACAUGGAAUGUAGAAGGACACUCACAAGGCAGAGAUUUCUUAGAUUACAGAGGAAUCUUAGAGACAAAUCAAAUUGUUGCCACCAACUCCCCUUUACACGCUUUCAGGGAUCACGACCCAGUGUCCACAUCAAUGGCACCUUCCGAUUCACAUGGCUGUGUCCUUUUCGAUCAGGUAUUGAACUCAGAGGACCAAAGGGCCAAGGCGUGGGGAGGGGGACCAACUUCAGUCAAUAGUAAAGAUAAACGGUUCCUCUGCAUGUUCUGUAACAAAGGCUUCAGCUGCCCCCAGAAGGUGGAGAUCCACCAGAGGGUCCACACAGGGGUGAAACCCUUCAGCUGCCCCCAGUGUGAGAAGAGGUUUUCCCAGUCUGGUGACCUGAAGAGACACCAGAGGGUCCACACGGGGGAGAAACCCUUCAGCUGCCCCCAGUGUGAGAAGAGGUUCUCUCUGGCUGGCAACCUGAAGAUGCACCUGAAGGUCCACAAGGGAGAGAGACCGUUUGCCUGUACACACUGCGGGAAGAGGUUCUCAGAGAGGAGCUACCUCAGGCUACACCAGCAGAAAAAACAUUCUACUCUAUAACAUAGAAAGUAACCAUUCCACUCGAUAGCUUCUGACAUUUAGAUCAAACCCUUCAUAAAGACAAAGAUAUUUGUUUUUAAAGAUCCACAGAUGCAAACGAGAGUAACAGAUUUCAGUGUUUACUAUUCCUGGGUAGAAUAUUGCAUACAGACGUUGUGUGAUGUAUAAGGCAUACACUGAGUGUACGAAACAUUAGGAACAGCCUCAAUUCACUUUUCCCAUUGACCCUCAAUGGCACACAUACACAAUCCAUGUCUCAAGGCUUAAAAAUCCUUCUUUGACCUGUCUCCUCCCCUUCAUCAACACUGACUGAUGUGUAUUUAACAAGUAAUGAGUCAUAGCUUUCACCUGGUCAGUCUGUCAAGGAAAGAAUGAGUAUUCCUAAUGUUUUGUACAUAGUAUAUAAGCUUAAAAAGACUGUUACAUAUUUGUACUCUGUGUUUGUACUCUGCUACAUGAUGUUCACAAAUGCCUCUUUCAUUACUACCGUUCAACUACUUCAUUCCCCCCCCCCCCAGAUACUUUUAAUGACAAAAUGAGUGGAGUGUAUCAAGUUAGCUGAGACAUUACAUUUACGUAAUUUAGCAGGUGCUCUUAUCCAGAGCGACUUAGAAUUAGUUAAUUAAUCUUAAGAUGGCUGGGUGAGAACCACAUAUCAAAGUCGUAGUAAAUCAGAGCUCGACAUUAAGGGGGAAUUGCACCCGCAGAUUUCGCCUCGCUCUUUGGCUUGCUCCCCAAGAAAUGCUGGCGGCCAUGACAGAAGCCGAAUGUAAGUUGGCUUGGGGGUGUAUAUUUAUGUGGGUGUUUCUUGGGUGUGUCCUUGGGUGUGUCCUUGGGUGUGUCCUUGCUACAACCAUGACACAUCAAUCUGUCAGAACCUUGCCUGCAGGUCCCCUCCCUCUCAGUCACAACAAACAAACCAAUCUCCUGCUUGUUGAGUUCAAUAACUACAGGCAGAUGGCAGGUGUAUAGUGGGAUGCCGACGGAAGCUUUGAAUAGGUCAGUAGCCUACAGUGUAAAAAAAUAAAUAACAGGACAAUAAUGUGAUUGCUAAACUUAUGCAAAUAUUCUAAACUAAGUAUCUUGAUAACUUUCAAAUGUAGUAACGGGUCCAUGUUGAAUAACCAAUCCUUUACAUAAUACCGUAGAAGCAGUGUUCUGCUAACAGUGUGAACCUUUGACCUUUUUCAUUGUCAUUCCCAGCCAAUACUGAUACUCUAUGCCUAUCUGCAUUUUGUCUGGUGGUAAUGGGGCUGCCUUGGCAAACAUAUCAGUGGUCAUACCUUUCUGUGUGGUGUCCCGUAUACAACAGGAGUUCCCUGAUCCUUGUGCAGAAUACAGAGGCUCUCUCCCUCCCCAUAUUGACUCAUACCAUUUAAUUAAAUAAUAAAAAAAGACGAUACAAGUAAAAGUUGUCUAGUAACAUUUUUAUGCCGAGUGCCAUGUUUCUCUCCAUUCAGAGAUGUCAGUAUCAAGCCUGUCUGUAGGUCAGGACUCCAGCACAUCAUCUUGCAAGUCUCCAAGUGCUGGCUCCAUAGAUGCAUCUGUGAACAUAUACACAGUCACUGUUGUAUUACCAAUGGCCGUUAGGAUAGGUGAUAUCUGACACACUACUACGUCAAAGUUUGAACAGGUCAGACUAAACAUACCUAAUUCUUGUCUACCCGUCGACAAUCGUUGUUGAGCAAACGAGGUGAGGCUGGAGGUGUGGUCUUUGCCAGCGUAGAUCAGCUCCUGGACCAAAAUACUGGUCGGUCACAUGCAAACCACAGGAGUUUGGUGGCACCUUAAUUGGAGAGGACGUGUUCAUGGUAACAGCUGGAGCGGAAUCAGUGGAAUGGUAUCAAAUACAUCCAUGCGUUUGAUGCAAUUCCAUUUGCGCCGUUCCAGACAUUAUUUUGAGUCGUCCUCCACUCAGCAGCCUCCACUGACACUAACACACGCAGAGCACUGAUUGCAUUAUCAAUGGAGGUUAUGAUUAGCACGGUGGAACCAACCCGAUCGCUGUGUUCACC